UUGAUUAUCUCUGUUGCUUGCAUUGCUGCCAAUCGCUUGUUUCGAAAAUCAACAAGAAAAAUAAUGGCGAGACUUUUCUUCCCUAUCCCUAUGCAACCCACACAGAUAAGCUUCUCUGCGUCUUCUUCUCAGCCACUAUUCUCGCCGCCGGCGAACAAUUUUCCCGAUGGUGUAGCCGGAGGAUUAUGUCUUACACGGAGAAUCAGAGACUGUUCCGUGGUGACGCGAGCAGGGCCUAGUACGAGCAGCUACUUGCUCGCGUUCGCCAUUCCUGCUACUCUUAUCGCCGCCACUGUCUUCACUUCAAUCAAAAUCGCUGAUAAACUCGACGAAGAUUUCCUUGAGGAUAUUGCGUUGAACCAAGCGAUAAAAGCAGCAGAAAAGGGAGAGAAUGGUGAAGGGGAAAUCUCACUGGAUGAUGUGAUUCAAGAACCUGUGCUUCAACGAACUCGUAAUCGGCCUAAACGUGAAGUUUAGAAACGCGCACACAGAUUCUUCUAUGAUGCAAUGACUGUGUAACAAUACAUGUUGUGUUUUGUAUAAGAAAAUGUAAGCUUGAAGCCUUCCUAGUCCCGUUUACAGUUGUAGUUACUGGUCAUAUUACAUUACCGUUUGAUCAUUUUGUAAAGAAAAAACGGAUGAUGAAUCAAAAACCUCGUUACAUUUA